UUUCUUGAUAUCACUGACUGCUAUGCAUUUUCUAUAAGAAUAAAAUUGAUAUCAGAUAUUUUAAUCUAGGAUUAGUUUACUAACACUUUCUGCAUCUAAAAUUUUAUUCAUAGACCUUAUUUGUUUUUAAGAGCAUACACCAUGUUCAAUUUCCUAAAAUAUGUAUAGCAUUUUCUACUACAUGCACAUUAGUUUACUGUUUUUUUAUGUACUUUGUAUGUAAAAGUAAAUUUGCAAGUUUAUUAGAAAAUGUAUUCACUCUUUGACAUACCACUAGUUCUGCCUUUGGAUGAUUAUAAUUGUGAUAUUCCAUAAGAUAUCUAUUGGGGAGGGCAGAAAACAGUAUUGUAUCCCACAAAAUGGUAUUUUAUCUCUACCCCAGAUAGUAAAAGUAAAAGUUUGCUGUAGUAAAAUAAUUGAUACAAAAAUACAAAAUAAUGUACUUAUUUUGAUGGAGAAUUGUUAUAAAAAAUAUGCAGUAAAAUAAUUCUUACAGCUUAGUAAAUUGACCUAUAUAUAUCCUGGGCCACCUAAAUGGUUCUGAUAGAUGUACAAUAUAGAAAAAAAUAUGGAAAGUCUUAAAUUUAGCAAUCUGACACCUGUGAUGUUACCAUUUAAUAAAACUGUUACUGUUGUUUUGAGAUUGCCAAUACAGUUUCCAGAUGGUGUAAAAGCAUUUAUAUAUGUGCUGAUAGCUCUACUUAUUUUUCUUAUUAUUGUUGGUAAUAGUCUAGUUAUAAUAUCUUUUAUUGUGGACAAAAGGCUCAGGACUCCCAGCAACUUCCCUCUUCUUAACAUGGCUAUUUGUGAUUUCUUUAUAGGUGCCAUAUCAAUCCCUCUGUAUUCACCAUACAAGUUUACGAAGCAAUGGAAACUGGGUAAAUUUCUGUGCAAGUUUUGGCUCGUUUCGGACUAUACAAUGUCCACUGCUUCCGUAUAUAAUAUUGUUCUUAUUAGCUGUGACAGAUAUCUCUCUGUGACCAAAGCUGUCUUAUAUCGCUCAUCACAGAACAAAAAAAGUCAUGCUAUUUUAAAGAUGGCUAUAGUGUGGAUACUCUCAUUUCUUUUAUAUACACCAGCCAUUUUUAUUUUUGAUAAAAAUAAUCCAGAAUAUAUUUGUUCAGUGGGAUUUAAUAGUAUAUCAACAUUUCUUUUAGCUUCGUCAUGCUUAGACUUUUUUUUGCCAUUUAUCAGUAUUUUCUUCUUUAAUUUGAGCAUUUAUUGGAAUAUAAUAAAAAGAAGCAGGAAGAAAUCCCAGCCAUUUAAAAUUCAACCAUUGAAUGAAGAGGAACAUAAUGAACCUUAUGUUAUUACAGCAGAAGAUACUACUUCUUCAGGGAUUGAAGAAAUAAAUAGGGGACCGAAGGACUCUGUCAUGCAAUGGUUCAAUAAGAGGAAUCCUGUCUGUUCCAAAAAUGAAACAAGGACUAAUGCUAAUUUAAUUCGUCUUUCUCGAGAUAAAAAUGUAGCCAAGUCUCUUUCAGUGUUGGUUUUUGUUUUUAUACUGUGUUGGGCACCAUACUCAGUUAUGGCUGCCUGUCGUGAUUUAUGCUAUCAAGCAUAUGUCAGUGAUGUUACAACCUGGUUGCUAUGGAUUAAUUCAGCCAUUAACCCCAUUCUCUAUCCCUUUUGCCACAAGAGUUUUAAAAGGGCUUUCGCCUUAACUGCUAAAAAGAUUGGCAGUGUUUGCAAAAUACAUUUUUAAAAUUUUAGUAAAAUGCUGGUUUCUCAACCUUGAGAUGCAAUGAUCUUAAGCAACUUCAGCCAGUUGAAUUGGACAUUUAUGGACAGCUAAAUAAUGUCCUCAAUUAAAAAUGCAGAGAUUAACAGCAAAUUAAUUAGAUUACUGAUUGAAACUUCAAUAACUACCCUACCAGUCCACCAACUGAUGCGUUUUGAGCACAGAGCAACCCAACAAAACUCAUCUCUACACAUUAUUUUUCAUUGACCAAAAAAAUAAGGAGUUGGGGUGGAUUGCAUGUAAGAUAUUUAAAAAUGUCACCUCACAUGCCUUAAUGGAAUAAUGUUCUCUCACUUUUAUACCUAUGAGGACCCUGUGGUGUGGACCAAAUUUAAGAUCAAGGUUCUAGGGGAUAUUGUAUGUAAUUGUAUGUUAAGGUCAUUUGAUGAUCUCAGAUCUGCUUAUUGUCUUCCAAACUCCAAUUUGUUUUGUUACUUACAGCUGA